CUCCGCCCGACAACACUUCCGGGUCACCUUCACACCAAAGUCAAAACUGCUGGAGAUUCUUCUAAACUUUGUUUUAUUUUAUUCGGUGAAUGAUCCCGGGGUGAAGGUGCGGGUUAACGUGUUUGUUUGGAUUUGCAUAACCAGGCCGCCAUGAUUUUGCAGCAAUUGUUCCGUUUUUCCACCCUCCUGCGAUCUUCACUUUCUAUCGAGCUUCGGCGACACAUCGGGUUCACUGCUGUGGUGUUUAACAAGACCAAGAACCUCGACCCUAUCCAAAAGCUCUUUAUUGAUAAGAUCCAUGAGUAUGAUUCUAAGAGCAAAAAAGCAGGUGGUCCUGUUGAUGCUGGUCCAGAAUACCAGAAGAACAUGGAGGAUGAGAUUGCCAAAUUACAGCGGCUCUAUGGGGGAGGAGACCUCACCAAAUUCCCAGAUUUUAAAUUUGAAGAACCGAAAUUUGAUGAAGUCAGCAAAUGAGUGAUGACCUUCAGAAAGGAAAAGAUCAUCUGUUCUUUGAUAUUUCCUGGGACUGUAAAUGUAAUUUAAUAAAUUCCACUGCACUAAA